GCCAGCCUGAACAGUUUGUCUCUACUUUUUAAGCUAGCGAGCUAUCCGAAACAAGCGAGUCCAAAUGAAUAUUUCCUGAAGUUGAAGGUGUGUCCUUGCCUUGAGUAGCAGUGAUGGAUGGAGACAUCCACCAGGCAGGGGCGUCAUGGGAGGUCCAGAAUUGUACUCUGGCACAGAUGGACCAUCUCCGCAUUGAAAGGGCGGACAGCCCCACACCGGGUCUGGUGGAGGGGACGGAACCAGGUGCUGGUCAAGAGAGUGCUAUAUUUGUCCAUGCCCAGUCCUUUGAAGAUCUGACUGCUGAGACUGAGGAGGUGGCUGGGAUGGAGGCUGGAGGAGACUGCAAGCCAAACAAAUUGGGAGAAUCUGAAGCACAGUUUCAGGUGCUGAUUGGAGAAAAGACCACAGAAGAAGAGCAAAAGAAGGAAACAUGGGCAGAGAGCUGGACCAAAGAUGAGGAUGUGUCUAGUGAGGCAUGGCGCAGCCAUAGGAAGCACGUGUUUGUUUUAAGUGAGGCAGGCAAGCCUAUCUACUCCCGCUAUGGCACAGAGGAGGCUCUUUCCAGCACCAUGGGGGUAAUGAUGGCCCUUGUCUCCUUUGUUGAAGCUGACAAGAACAUCAUUCGCUCCAUUCAUGCAGAUGGAUACAAAGUGGUAUUUCUCAGCAAGAGCCCUCUAGUUUUGGUGGGUGUGUCUCGCACCUGCCAGUCAGACAAGGAACUCACACGGGAGCUACAGUACAUCUACUACCAGAUUGUCAGCCUGCUCACCCUCACCCAGCUGAAUCACAUCUUCCAGCACAAGCAGAACUAUGACCUGCGGCGCCUGCUUGCUGGAUCUGAACACCUCACUGACAACCUACUUCAUCGGUUAGAUCGAGACCCAGGACUGCUCCUGAGUGCUGUCACCUGCCUCCCUUUGGCCAGCUCCACCAGGGACAUGGUCUCAUCCAGCUUGCAGGCUGCAAAAGCCAAGAGCCUUGUCUUCUCAAUUCUGUUGUCAGGGGACCGCCUUGUGACCCUGGUGAGGAAAAGGGAUCAAUACCUACACCACAUGGACCUACACUUGGUCUUCAACCUCGUUGGCUCCUCCUCUUCAUUUAGAGAGGGUGAGGGCUGGACACCCAUCUGUCUGCCAAAGUUCAACACCGCAGGAUUUUUUCAUGCUCAUAUUUCCUACCUUGAACCAGCGUCAGACCUCUGUCUUAUCCUGGUCUCCACUGACCGUGAGGACUUUUUUAACUUGUCUGACUGCAAGCGUCGCUUCCUGGAAAGACUGAGCAAGCGCAGUGCUUACGAGUCCUUGAAGGAAGCUGUUAAAUGUCCCAGCUAUUCUGUAGCGCAAGUGGGCAUCCCAGAGCUCAGGCACUUCCUGUAUAAGUCCAAAAGUUCAGGGUUGUACACCAGCCCUGACUUACCCAUAGUGUACCAGGCUGACGAAGAACAAGAAAGACUGAUGGGUCUGUACCAGGAUCUCCACAGCCGUUUGCACCAUCCAACCAGACCACUCCGUUCCAUCUAUCACAGUGCAGAAACUGAAAACCUACUCGCAUGGGUGACAAGUGGGUUUGAACUUUACCUCUGCUUCAGUCCCUUGGCUACCAAAGCCUUGGCCGUGUCCGCUGUCAACAAGCUGCUGAAGUGGAUUAGGAGGGAGGAGGACCGUCUCUUUAUCCUCAGUCCUCUCACAUACUGAGUCCUGACUACCAAGCAGACAUCCUUAUGACAUGCUGGUUCAGAGCUUCAACCAGGAGAAUGUGUGGCUGGUCACUAUUGAACGUUGCAGAUGAUUUGGUACUCAAAUGGGAUCCACAUAUGGCUGCAAGUGCUAUGCAUCUCUUGCUGUUAGAUUCCACUGUUCUCAAGUGCAGACUUGUGAUUUGUGAUACAAGCAGAUAGUGCACUAAAGACAAAUUAAUCUAAUGUUUUAGCCGGCUAGAUUUUUAUGAUUUAAAAAUUGUGGUGGUAGGACAUGAGAUAACAGUAAAAACUAGUAGAAUUUGUGGUGCUACUGAAUGAUGGUGUCAAAAAUCAAGGUAUUAGACAUUCUCUACUUGAUGUAGUGAUACCAACCUGGUUCUUAAAAACAGAGGGAAAAAAAUUGAAAACAGAAAGCUGGAAUCCUCUAAAGCUCCUACAUGAAUUGUAAGAGGCAGGUGAGAGGUUCUUGUUGUAUGAAAUAUAAUUAAGAAAUGAGUUAACCACCUACAUUCCAUUCAUCUUAUACUUUUUAUGACUAGUUAUGUCAUUUCAAUCCAUCAUUUAGAUUUAAUUUUUACGUUCAUGCACAUAAACUCAAUGAGUAUUUGCUUAAUCCUCUGGAUUCUUGUUAAUUUUUUAUUUGAACACUUAUUUUUGUUAUGCAAUGAUGUGGAAGAAGAAUGCAAUACUACUAAUAUUUCAGUAUUUUUACAUUACAUUUUAUAAAAAUGUUCACUUGUAGUCUUUUUUAAAAAUCUGUAACUACUGCUUCUGUAACUAUCCAUGCCCGUUUUAUCCAUACAUUAAACACAUAAAAAACCGGUUAGUUAUUGCUGUUACUAAUGAUAAAAUUGCAUCUAUGUCAGGUUUUCAUUUUAUUUCCAAGCUUGCCAGCGUUGUCCAUGCCUUAACUGUAAUGGCCUUUGUGCUACACUAGUAAUAAGUUGACAUAGCUGGAGGUUGACGCUGUCCCAAUCCCCGCUGUAGAACAAACAAACCCGUGUUAUUCUAAUAUCU